AUGUUGCUUUGGCCGACCAAAGUUGGCAACAAUGUCGUUGCUCUCCGUAACUUGGGUAACGGGAAGCUCUGCAAGAUACUCUCCUCCGCCAAUGGGAAGAUUAACUGUCUCAGUGCUUAUGUGUCCAUUAUUUCCACGGAGGUACACCUAGAGGUGGAUGAAACAGUUACCUCAAGGAAGAUAUAUAAUGUCAAUUUUGGCCUGAGAGAUGCCAGGAUUUACAACCGGAGCAUCCUCACGUUGGCCACUGAAGAUGCUAUUAACAGAACCCAAGAACCCAAAACUGUAGACGUCAAGCUCUCGUAUUUAGAGAGUAAGACCCGUGCUUGGAAUUCCAACGUUUCAUUGAAAUUGUUGGGUGUCAAAACCACCAUCCAAACCACUGUUGCACUCAUUAUUGCAGAGGGAAAAAUUGAGCUUUCGGGUGAAUUUAGUGGAGACUACCAGUGGGGACAAACUGAGUCAUUGACAACUGAUGAGGAGAAUCUGUACAAGGUUAGUGUGCCACCAAUGACAAUGGUGAGGGUGAAUCUAAUAGCGACAAAGGCUUCGUGCGACAUUCCCUUCUCUUACGAGCAGCUCGACACCACCACUCUUACUGAUAGACAACAAAUUACUGAAACCAUGGAUGAUGGCAUUUACACUGGCAGCAAUUGCUUCGACUUCAAGUAUGAGACUGAACAAGAAAAGCUGUAA